AUGGCUCUCAGAAAAGUUAAAGGAAAUUUUGAAAGGAUGUUUGAUAAAAAUCUUACGGACUUGGUCCGUGGGAUCAGGAAUAAUAAAAAUAAUGAGGCGAAAUACAUAACACAGUGUAUAGAAGAGAUUAAGCAAGAAUUAAGACAAGACAAUGUUGCUGUGAAAGCUAAUGCAGUUGCUAAAUUAACAUACCUUCAAAUGCUGGGAUAUGAUAUCAGCUGGGCUGGUUUCAAUAUAAUUGAAGUGAUGUCAUCCGGAAAAUUCACUUACAAGCGGAUUGGAUACCUUGCUGCCAGUCAAAGUUUUCACAUGGACACCGAGUUACUGAUGCUGACAACAAAUAUGAUACGUAAAGAUUUGAACAGCCAGAAUCAAUAUGAUGCAGGUCUAGCCUUGAGCGGUCUCUCAUGUUUCAUAAGUCCUGACCUGGCACGUGACUUGGUCAACGACAUAAUGACCUUGUUAACCAGCACAAAGCCUUAUUUGCGUAAAAAAGCCGUUCUUAUGAUGUAUAAAGUAUUUCUGCGCUUCCCUGAGGCUCUGCGUCCAGCAUUUCCGCGUCUAAAAGAAAAACUCGAGGACCCGGACAGUGGAGUGCAGUCCGCAGCAGUAAAUGUCGUCUGCGAGCUAGCUAGGAAAAAUCCAAAAAAUUAUCUCAGCCUUGCGCCAAUAUUUUUUAAGCUCAUGACCACUUCUACCAACAACUGGAUGCUCAUUAAAAUAAUUAAACUGUUUGGCGCAUUGACACCCUUAGAACCUAGGCUUGGAAAAAAGCUCAUAGAACCUUUGACCAAUUUAAUACACAGUACCUCAGCAAUGUCCCUGCUGUACGAGUGUAUAAACACAGUGAUAGCCGUGUUAAUAUCAAUAUCCUCCGGAAUGCCCAACCACUCCGACUCAAUCCAACUCUGCGUGCAAAAACUACGAAUUCUAAUCGAAGACUCCGAUCAAAAUCUAAAAUACUUAGGCCUUUUAGCAAUGUCAAAAAUCCUGAAAACCCAUCCUAAGAGCGUUCAAGCGCACAAAGAUUUAAUAAUGCAGUGCCUUGACGACAAAGACGAGAGUAUUAGAUUACGCGCUUUGGACCUAUUAUACGGAAUGGUCUCCAAGAAAAACCUAAUGGAAAUAGUCCGUAAAUUAAUGAUCCACAUGGACAAAGCCGAAGGAACAACUUAUCGGGACGAAUUGCUCUCAAAAAUAAUCCAAAUAUGUUCCCAGAACAAUUACCAGUUCAUAACUUACUUCGAGUGGUACAUUUCCGUCCUAGUAGACUUGACCCGAAUGGAAGGUACCAAACACGGACAAUUAGUAGCAACCCAAUUGUUAGACGUAGCAAUUCGCGUGCAAGCAAUCCGAAAGUGCGCAGUCCAACAAUGUGCCUUAUUACUUGAAAACGCGCAUUUGCUAACCGGCCAACCCAGAGCUACAAUGUGCGAAGUUCUCUACGCGGCUGCUUGGAUUUGCGGUGAAUUCUGCAGCGAGCUAGAUGACCCAAUAGCUACCUUGAAGUCUAUGCUUAAAUCCCAGGCUUCUAGCCUUCCUGGACACAUCCAGGCGGUUUACGUCCACAAUAUUCUAAAACUAGCUGCUAUCACUUUAAACAAAGCUUAUGUUGAGGAAGAUCUAGAAAAAAUUGAUCAGAUUUUUGAACUAAAAGACAAAAUGGCUGAGUUUGUCUGCAGCGGUGAUCUAGAAGUCCAAGAACGUUCUUCAGCCGUUUUGAUUCUUUUUGAUUAUCUGAAGGAAAAUCCAGCACUAAUUCCUGAACUAGCAGCGACUUUUGAAGGAGAAUUGAACCCAGUAGCACCCAAAGCUCAAAAAAAGGUUCCAAUUCCUGAAGGAUUAGAUCUAGACACUUGGAUCAAUGAUCCUCCUUCUGAGACUUCUGAUGAGGAAGAUUUAGACAUGAAUGACAUUUUUGUUAAGUCAGAAAAAUCUGAAUACGCUGGUAGGAAAGUUUCGGUUGAGCCAACGGCUGAAGAAUUGCAAAAAAGGCGCGAAGCUAGGAAAUUAGAGCAAGAAAACAAUCCGCAUUAUUUAAAAACUACUGCCAGCCCUAAGAAUAAUUCGGAUUAUGAUCACAUUCCUAUCACGGAAUUAGAUAUUCCCGUUGAGCUUAAGGUAAACUCAUUUUCUAAUUCCAAGUUGCUUAAUUUGAGUGAUGUGGAUAAGAAGCGCAGGAAGGUGCAUGGGAAAAAGAAGAAGAAGUCUAAGAAGAAUAAAAACCAGUCAAGUAGUGAUGAUGAUUUGGAUGGUGGGUAUCCAACGCACUUUGUUAAUACGGGGGUGGGUGAAUUGCCGCCUGGGGCGGAAUUGAGCGAUAAUGAUGACACUAAUCUUACUGAUGCUAAUGAUCCGCAUCGCGCGCUUAAUAUUGAUCUUGAUGUUCCGUUGAGGGAGGAUGAAAGGCUGCCUGUUCCCGAGCACAGGGCUGUUCUGGGAGGGAAGAAAAAAGGUGAGAAGGAGAGAGCUAAGAAGAAGAAGAAGAAGGGUAAGAAAGGAAGUCAAAAUGAUGGGUUGAAUAAUAUUGACUUGUGGUUGGGGAAUGAUGCGGUUGAUAAGGAGAAUGAUAAGGUGGUAGAUAGUGAUGAAAAGGGAAAGUCUAAAAGGUCUAAGGCGAAGAAAAAGGAUGCGGAGGAUAGUAGGAGGCGCAAGAAGAAACAUUUGGAGGGGAAGAAACAGAAGCCGUCGGGUUAUGAGGAAACCGCGGGGAUUUCAACGCCUUCUAAGGAAAUCUUGCCGGGACUUGCGAGCAAUUGUGAUGAGAUUAGAGGUGGAAAUGAUUCGGGUAAUGUUUAUGAGUUUCAGGGGUACUUGGAACUGGCGAGUAAUGAUAAAGUGAAGAUGACUUAUGAGCUGAAGCAACUGCCGCAUGAGGUUGGAAGGAUAAUUGCUGUGGUGACGUUGAGUAAUUGCGGGAAUAAAUUGCUCAAGGAACUGGACCUUGAUGUGUCCGAUGCAUCUUCACUGAAGUUGGUUAGGAGUCUUGGAGAAGAGUCGGGGAUUAAGAUUAGAGUUCCGCUCGCUGCUUCCGCGAGCACUGAAGUUCAUCUUCCGAUUAUUGUGGCUGAUGAUACUUAUGCUCAGAAAUUAAGAGGGGCGCUGACUUAUAUGGUGGAAAAUUCUGGAGGGUGGAUUCAGGAAAAAUUGGACUUUACUCUCAGGCUUUCAAACUGCAGUUUUUUGAUGGGAAGUUUGUCGCAUAGUUAUGUUUUUACGGAGUUACUCAGUGGGGAUCAACUGAUGUUCAAGACUAAGAAUAAAGUUAAACUUACGAGGAACUUUAGUCAGGCUUUGGAAAUUAUUUGUCGGAGAUGUCAUUUUACUCUUGUUGAACAGGUAGAUGACAAUGCUUCGCUUUAUGGGCAAUCUCUAAAGGGUCAUCAUGUGUGCCUUUUAGUUAAAAAAAAAUCAUCAGAUAAUUCUUCCUGCCUAAUAAUUGAAGGCAAAGGAGAUAAUAAUUCAUUAUUAUCAGGAGUUGUUAAUGAAAUAAUUGAAGUACUGGCCAAUUAG